GCAGGAACAAAAAACUUUGCUUGUCCAUAUUUAGCUUAGCUCACAAGCAUUAAGCGAUUCAAACUCUUGGCAACCCACAGAGGAAAAUUUCCUUUUCAAAGUUCCUACUUCAAUCAUCAACAACACCCAAUUCGGCGUAGGAUAACCAUUUCUUUGCGACCUCAUCCAAAAUCAGACAAAAUGCCUCCAAAAGUACGUCCAUGAAUAAGAACCGCUUUGCUGUUGGCCUGCUUUCUUUUGGAGAGUUACGGCGUGAUACAGUAGGCUAACUUAUUAUUUUUUAUCGAAUAGGCCAACAAGAAGGGACCCUCUGUCAAGAGAAAGUUCGUUAUCGACUGCAAGCAACCUGCCAAUGACAAGAUCUUCGAUACCGCUGCUUUCGAGAAGUUCCUUCAAGACAACCUUAAGGUUGAUGGAUUGAAGGGUAACUUCGGUGACAAGGUCACUGUUACCAAGGAUGGAGAGAGCAUCAAGGUCGAGACCUCUGUUAACUCUGGUCAUUACCUCAAGUACUUGUAUGUUUUACCCCAGAAAUUGUUCUUACUAAAUUGUGGUUGUCGGAAUACUUGCUAAUGUGCCAAUGCAAUAACAGGACCAAGAAGUUCCUCAAGAAGAACCAAUUGAGAGAUUGGCUUCGUGUGGUUUCUACCUCCAAGGGCGUCUACGAAUUGAGAUUCUUCAACGUUGUUGGUGAUGAUGCUGAGGAGGAUGAUGAAUAGAUGGUUACAUAUUACAUCUAAGAUUUAAGAAAUGAUACCAUGAUGCCUGGGCUAUGGACUAGAAUAUCAUGAGGAGGGUUGGGAUUUAGCAAUGGUAGGAAUAAUCAAUGCUAUAUUACUGCUCUCUCAAAAUAUUUUUACUCUAGAUAUUGAUGUGUGAUUGUGCUAUGAAAUUACUUGCUCGUAAUUUGAGAGUUGUUGCUUUGCUCAUUGACUGUUUGAUCGCAAUUUUCACAUAGCUGCGGAGAAAUGUUAUGCAUUUCUUGCCAUAUUCCUCUCUUCUAACACCUCCUGACCCUGCAGCUUUCUA